AUGGCACCUGCCGUGGUGCAUCUGUAUAAUUCGGUGGCCAAGAACGCGAGAGCGUUCAAGGCUGCCUGGAAACAUGCUGCGAAACUCGUACAGAAACAACUACCAGAAUCCGCACGACCUGCCGAUGCAGUACUACAACCUAUCCUCGCUCGAAAUGCCCCAAAGCACCCUCUUCACCGCAUUGCCUACCUCAAGCAGAGCAAGGGCCGAUGGUACACCACCCACAGCCAGAUCAGCGCCGCCGUUCGUCGCUUCACCACCUCUGCGGCUCGCAACUCAGGCGUGAAGUACGACAAGGCCUCCUUUCCCAAGUCACGCAUUGCAAGCAUCGUCAACGCCCAGGCUGGCCGCGCACCCUUCGCAUCGACCCUCCGCCCGAACCUUACCGGUGGCGCAUUUGGACGAACCGCAGGAGGUUACGGCUGGGGCUCUGGCAGGGCCGGAGGCGCGCGUUACUUUUCGCAUGGACCCGCAUCGCCAGCCCAAGUCAUCAACAACGUCUCUCAGGCUGUGCGAGCAUUCCUCGUCGGUGGACAGAAGGCUCAGUUCGAUGGCAUCAACCCUCACAACGGCGAGAAGCGCUUCAAGACUGUGUCCGCGCUCCAAGACCAGGUCAACCGUACGCUGAACAAGGUUCCCAAGGCCACCCCUGGAUCCUACAUCAGCUUCAACGUUAACCCCACCGUCACCGCUCUUACUCCCCUCAAGGCCGUCAAGGGCUUCACCUCUUUCGCGCAGGAGAAAGAGACAUUGAACAGCGAGGGUCUCCUCGAUGUCCUGUCCGUCGACUUCUCAAGGGCCGUCAAGGAGCUCGCAGCCGUUUUGAACGAUCUGCAACGACUGGCGGCACUAGGCGAUCUUCCCAUCUCGUAUGAAAACUCGGUUCUCAAAGUCCACUUCCCUGGCUGCGAUGCGCAAACAGUGGAGACGAUAUGCAACGACUUCGAGGUCUCCAGAGGCGCAGUCCACCAGGACGUGGACUUUGAUUCUUUCGUCGGCACCGAUAUCGCGCUACUCUUCCCCUUCGCACCAAGCCAAACACCCUCCGAAUGUUCAUUCUACGACAAGCCCGUUGCCGAGCGCCAACACGUACAACCGAACAUCGACUGGACGCACAUGCUCUCGCCAUCACUCGCGGCUUCAGAAGACUUCUCGACCCAUUCGGAACAAAGCUACGACCAACUAGAUGAUUUUGAAACUGAGCCAAACCCGUGGUUAUCCUCUUCGUCGCCUUCAGGAUACGACAGCUUGCAUACCAGUGAGGCUGAUGAAAUGGACAUGCAUACCCCGUUGGAAUACCAGGGCGUUGAAGGCAUGUACAGGUUCAUGGCUCAGUGUGAGUCGCGAUAG